AUGUGUAAUACACUUGUGAUAAGUGGUCAUCUUGUCUUGUUUCUAGUUGGGAUGAGAGCAGCUCAAUCAGCAGUGGACUCAGUGACGGUGAUGGUGAUGGCUCCGAGAACCUCAGCUCAGAGGAAUUCAAUGCAAGCUCUUCACUUAACUCCCUCCCAAGCACACCCUUGGGAUCGAGACGCAAUUCCUCUGCCAUGCUCAGAUAGAACACAGAUUACAGAGAGGAGAUCAUGUCUGAUGGUUACCCACACUGCACCUCCUCCCUUCUUCUCUCUGCAGCUUCGCACUGAUGCAGAAAAGCGCUCCCUGGUGGAAAGUGGACUUUCUUGGUACAGUGAGGAUGGCAAAGUCAGUCAUAAGCUUGAUUGCCACAGCUACGAAUCUGGAAGUCUCAAGACAGAAGCGCCAAGUAAAUGGAGGAAGAAGCCUCCGAGUCUCAAUGAAGAUUUUGGGCUCAAAGGAGAUCUGAAGAAGCCUCAAAGUCUAGGUCAACCAGGAAGUUUCAAGAAGGGCAGAAAUCCUCCAGUGGGCGUGACCUCCCCCAUCACCCAUACCUCACAGAGCAUGCUUAAGGUCGCAGCACCCAAGACUGAGAAGCCACUGGACAAAUCUAAGAUUUCCAUAAAAACUGCUGGCCUGCAACGUUCUCGUUCAGAUGCUGGAAGGGAUCAUCAUGGUGAACACCGCAAACCCCCAUCAGGUUUAGUCAAACCCACUGCUGGGGGCUCCUUUGGCUACAAGAGGCAACCAACAGCCACUGGUACUGCUACCGUUAUGACAGCAGGUGGUGCCACCAUCUCCAGUGGCUCUGCGACUGUAGGGAAAACCCCAAAGUCAUCUGGAAUCCCUGUGAAGCCCGUGGGAGGAGGAGCACCCUCUGGUAGAAAAAAUAGCUUUGAUGCCAGCAGUGAACAGAGUUUCCUCGGGCCAAAUGCCCGAAACAGCAUUCAGUACCGCAGCUUGCCUCGACCGGCCAAGUCAAGCACACUCAGUGUGAUUGGUCGUCCUGCAUCUCGGCCAGUCAGCAGUACUAUUGACCCGAGUCUUCUAAGUUUGAAACCUGUACCCAUGGCUUCCACAGGCCCAAGGCUUAAAGAACCUUCUGGUGGCAGUAGUAAAAUGAAUCGAACAAUAACAGGUCCAGUGAACCAGACAGACAGAGAAAAGGAAAAAGAACGAGCCAAGGCCAAGGCGGUUGGGGUUGAUACGGACUGCGCCUCUUUGAAAGGGGCGGACAGCCUGUCUGAGUCCCAUGGAGAGUCCACAGUGAAACUGCACGGCUUGAGACGGACCAGCAGCAGCAAAUACCCUGAACUUUCAUCUCCCACAACACCAAGAAUGUUGAACACAAAGUCUUUGGGCCGUCCGCCCAGCUUGGCUCACUUGGACAAGAUCAAUUCUAACAGUCUCGACUCAUGUGUGACCAUCCACGACCUCCCGCCCAAAGUCCCCCCAUAUUCCAAACUUCAAGACCUGGCUAGUUCUCACACACCUAGCCGUCUCAUCCCCAGCCCGGCGCCCAUCCUCCAUAUUGAUUCUCCCACCUAUACUAGUGAGAGCUUGAGUCUGAGCGGAUCACCCAUGCUGUACCCCAAAAGGACCGGCAUGCACCGCAGCAUGGAGUCCCUUCCCCUCCAGAUGAGCGUGCCCACCAGUGCACGGUUCAUCACAGCAGACAUCCACGACAAGGAAGAGAGGGGGACUGGAACCUGGGGGGCUGGGAGCAGGAUUUCCCUCAAUGUCUCAGAAAGGCAACCUGCAAACAGACCGGAACACUUUGCCAAAGAAAGGCUUAGAUUGAAACAACCUCUCCUUUUCAGACGCUAUGGCUCUAGCCUCUCAGACAGUGAUGGAAGCAAACCAGGAAGGCGUCACUCCCACACCAUAGGGGGCAUGACAGAGAGCGAUAGCCCUCCUCAGCUGCCUUCUCCCACCCGCCCUCUUCACCCCUCCUCCAGCAAGACUCUUCUUACUAACGUGGUCGCCCCAAUUUCCUGUGGCAGCCCGAGGAUAUCACGUUCUAACAGCACAGGCCCCACAAGUGAUUGCGACCUCUAUGGAUCCUCCCCCCUGGGUAGCAGUAUGUCCCUGGCUGACCGUCCAAAAAGCAUGAUGCGGUCCGGAUCUUUCCGUGAACCAGGGGAUGAUGGUGAGUGUUAUCACCUCACCUUCCUGCAGGGCGAGUUUCAUGGUUCUGUGCUGUCUUUGGCAUCCAACGCUUCCUCCAAUUAUUCAUCGAAUGAGGAGAGGAUACAAGGGGAGCAAAUCCGCAAGCUGAGACGAGAGCUGGAAUCCUCCCAGGAAAAGGUCGCAAACUUGACCAUGCAACUUUCUGCUAAUGACUCUGAGCUCACUGAACUAAAGGACACCAUAGAGAUUCUGAAAGUCAAAAAUACUGAGGCCCAGGAAAUCAUUCAGGAUGCUCUCAGUAAUCCAGACAUCACACCUAAAGAGCUGUUGAUUAAUCGUCAGAACUCUUCAGAAAGCAUCUCAAGUCUCACCAGCACUACAAGCCACUCUAGUAUGGGGAGUCUUAAGGAACAGGAGGCCAAGAAGAAGAAAAAGAAGAGCUGGCUGCGGAGCUCCUUCAACAAAGCCUUCAGUAAGAAGGGUUCCAAGUCUGGACCGUACGCUGAUAUUGAAGAGAUUGCCACCCCAGAAUCCUCAGCGCCAUCUUCCCCCAAGGUCCACAUAAUUGGAGAAAACCCUCAGCAGUCAAUGAAAACCCCCACCUCAGCGUCAUCGUCCGGGCUGUGUGAAGGAGGUGAGGUGGAAGAUGAUAAGGUUGUAACAGAGCUGCGUUCUGAGCUGUGGGAGAAGGAACGCAAACUUACAGACAUCCGUCUGGAGGCUCUGAGCUCUGCACAUCAGCUGGAGUUGCUGCAGGAGGCCAUGAACAGCAUGCAGAGGACAGUGGAAAAUCUGAAGGCUGAGAACGACCAGCUGAAGACAGGAGGUCUGUCCCCUUGUCCAUCUCCUGGACCAUCCAGCUCUGUCUCCCAGUCCUCUGGUCUCACAGCUCUGGGAAAUUCAUCGCCCCGACAGUCCGUAGCCGUGCACAUACCCAAAAGCUUCAGCAAAGGGCUGAGUGAGGGGAGCAGCUCAGUCGAUGUCCACUCUGCAGAUUCUCUCAGUCUUUCCUCACAGAGAGAUGAUCAUCGUGUAAGAGUCGUGGUUUGUGUUCCAGAUUUACACGUCUUCAAAGAUGUCUACAUAGCCAAGGUGGAUCCCACCUCCAGUCUCGGCCUUUCCACUGACUCCAUCUACAGUUACAGUAUGGGCCACAUCAAGAGAGUGCUGGGAGGAGAGGCCCCUGAGACCCAGCCUUCUCGCUGCAUGUCUCGAGGCCCUAGCAGCAUCACAGUGGCUCUCAAAGGUUUGAAAGAGAAAUGUGUGGACAGCCUGGUAUUUGAAACUCUCAUACCCAAAACCAUGAUGCAACACUACAUCAGUCUUCUACUCAAACACCGACGUCUUAUCCUCUCUGGACCAAGCGGUACGGGUAAAACGUACCUGGCCUCCAGGCUGGCUGAGUAUCUGGUGGACCGCAGUGCCCGUGAAGUCACCGAUGGCAUUGUACUUACUUUCAACAUGCACCGCCAGUCAUGCAAGGACCUACAGCUUUGUUUGUCUAAUUUGGCCAAUCAAAUCGAUCGGGAUACCAGCACAGCGGAAAUCCCACUGGUUGUCAUUCUGGACGAUAUUCAUGAUCCUGUUUCCAUUAGUGAACUUGUUAAUGGUGCUCUCACCUGCAAAUAUCACAAAUGCCCUUACAUUAUAGGAACAAGCAACCAGCCAGUGAAGAUGACAGCAAACCACAGUCUGCACCUCAGCUUCAGGAUGGUGACCUUCUCCAACAACGUGGAACCAGCCAAUGGCUUCCUUGUGCGAUAUUUGCACAGAAAGAUGAUGGAGUCAGAAGAUGAAGGCAGCCUGACUAAUGAGGACCUCAUCAGGGUGUUGGACUGGGUUCCCAAAUUGUGGUAUCAUUUGCAUACCUUCCUAGAGAAACACAGCACAUCAGACUUCCUCAUUGGCCCUUGCUUUUUCCUGUCGUGUCCAGUCACAGUGGAUGAGUUUCGAUCUUGGUUUAUUGAUCUUUGGAACCACUCUAUUAUUCCUUAUCUACAGGAAGGUGCCAAAGAUGGGAUCAAGGUCCAUGGCCAGAAGGCAGUUUGGGAGGACCCAGUAGAGUGGGUGAGGGGCACUCUGCCAUGGCCAUCUGCCCAGCAGGACCAGGCCAAGCUAUUCCACCUACCUCCUCCCAGCAUUGGCUCCAGCAGCCCAUGUCAGCCCAGUGAGGAGAGGUCUCACAAGGAGACUCCACCCAGCUCCAUGGAAUCUGAUCCUCUGAUGGCAAUGCUUUUGAAACUUCAAGAGGCUGCCAAUUACAUUGAAUCUCCAGACAAGGAAGAUCCAAGCCUGCCUAAACUUUGAAAACAAUAACUGACUGCCAGCUUUACUUUUUUUUUUCAAUGUGAUCAAACAGUGCACAGUGAAGACCUUCAGAAAUGGUUGUUGGCUGACUGACCAAAUGAGUUUGAAAGUAUAACCUGUGAAUACCAAAUUAUUCUAUCACAGCAUGAACAGUAACUCUGUUCACAAAAAAAAUAAUAGUAUUUUAUCUAAUUAUAUUUAACACUUUACCACCACCUUAGCCCAUUGUACUUUUAGAUUGGUGCUAGCAGAUAACUAUAAAAUUCAUUUUCUCAGUAUUCUGACUUCAGGGGGUUUCUGCAACAAUACACACCGUCCAUCCUGUUUCCUUCACAAGUGCAUAAUGGGAUGUUGAGUCCCCAUCAAAUGGCGCUAUUCUUAAUUAAUGUUAACCUUUUUGGAAAAGAGUAUGACAGCAUAACAGACCCUACUGUUUAUGACUAUGUUCUUUGGUACAUAUCUGCUGUAAAAGGCCGUGCUUACACAUAUGCAAUCCUGGAUUUUACAGCCUGAGCAGGUCAAACAAAUAUGCCUUAAGAGCAAAGACGUCAAUGUCAUCUCAGCGUCAACAGACACAACUGGUGCUUUCAUUAUUAUCAUCCAAACCACUCUUUCCCAAAUCAUGUAUUUCUUAAUAAUAAUCCUAUUUUAAUUCUUAAUUGAAGUUUAUUUAUUGUUUUUGAAAAAAAGUUGCUCAGUUCUCUUCAGUCAAUUUAACGUGCAACUUGUUAGCAUAUUUUUUUUCUUCAUCUUCUUGUGAUAAUUGUUGUGAUUUAUAAGGUAAUGAUUUUACUUUAUACUGUCAUACUCUUUUAGAUACAAAUAUUUAUCAGUGGUCUGAAGUGAUCACUCUGUUGCUGCUGAAACAACAUUUUUUCCAAGUACUUAAAUCAGUUUUAUUUUACGUCAGACAUUAAGCAGCAACAAUGCUGCUAUAUACAAAUAUAUAUAUAUACAGAAUAUAUAUGCACGCACAUAAACAUAUAAACUGACUACACAGGGAUAAAAUAACAUAAGGUACCCUUUUAUGAAUACAGAAUCAGCAAACGCUCACUGAAUUUAAUUCAGAUCAUUUUUCUUUAAUGUUUCUCUGAGAUAGAGCACAGUUGUUUCAGGUGAUUCCCCUAACGAUCAUGUAUAAAUAUGUACAUACAAUCAGGAUGCAUUGCAGUUCCUUAAUCUGCGUUAGUUGGUGCAAGUAUCUUCUAUAGUGAACCAAAUGCUUUACUUUGUUCACGCAUAUUGACUGUCAAGAUAAGGGUUUAAACUUCAGCUAUGAAUGUAUAUAAAUCAUUAAAAGAACCAUAUAACAGUAUGAUGUAGUAGGUGCUUUCAAAGGGAGCCUUUAUAAAGUUGUUCAGCAAAUCACAUUUACGACAUGACUCUACUGCUAACAUUCACGCACUUCACAAACAAAAUGAACAAUCUCUCUCCACUAAUGAUUUAACCGUCAUUUAGGGAUGUAUGGUGCUCCAUUAAAAAGAAAAGAAAUAAAAAUGUCUCAGACUGUUUUAGAAUUGUGCAAGUCCCUUGGUCACAGGGUAGUUAGCAAAGAAUUGUAUGUCAUUUUGUGACAGUACGUAGAGACGACAAAGUCGUGAGAUGAUGUUAGGUGUAUACCCAGGUCAGUGUCGUACAGUUCAUUGAGAGCACUUUGGGUAAAACGCAGAAACAGUUUGUCUUUAAAGAAUUCAGUUAAAAAAAAAAAAAGUAAAAACGUUAUAAAGUGUUGUGUACAUUUUGUGGAGAGGCCCUUGUUGAGUAAAUGAAAGAUGAGGCAUUUGGUUGUGUGAGUGGCAUUGAAGUAUCAUCAUUUUGAAGUGGUUGUAGUUUCAGUGCUCAGAUAGUCGUCAGAUAAAUAAUCCUGUAAAUGAAUGUCACAAGACACCUUGAAAAGAUCAUGAAACAACGGCUACAGACUUAACUGCCCAGCAGGUAACUGGCUGACUUAAAAAGAUGACUGAAUUCAAAAUGUAAAUGAGCAAAGAGGAUGCCAAGUGGAUUCCUUACUGUAAAUAUUUCAGGUACUGGACAGUUUCACUAACCCUACAUUAAUCUACUUCUGCAGGUUAACUUAAGCCAUCAGCUCUAGCUUCUCAUCCCAUUUACUGGUUGUUGUGCCUGUUGCUCUGUAGUAGCUGUGUUUUGUGUUUGCUUAUUAGUGUAUCACGACUAUGCAGCAACUUCUACUGGUGUCAGCAAUCGGCAAAUGUCUGAACUUCACAAGUUGCCGCGGUGUGUUUUCAUCUGAUCUUUCUUUGAGUUCCUGAUUUGGUCCAAGAGCUUGAAGUGGAAGAGUGUUUUGGCUGGUGGACCUUAGCCUUAAAGAGAGGAAGAUUUGGUUGGUGUGAGACAGAAAACAGGGUUCAUACAUGUAAAGUCCUUGAGCUGCUUGAUUUGAUGAUAUAACUCCAGUUGUUUAUGGUGAAUAACGUGAAUAGAAAAAACUAUGUUUUGACAGCAAAACAAAAAUAUUCAAGGUGGCAUAAAUCAGCUCUGGCUGUUUGCAUUAUUCAUGUUAGAUUAAAAAAAGCUAAACCAGAAUAAGAAUUAGAAUAUCAUGACUUAGGCCAAUACAGGUUGCUGAAUAGUCAACUUUUGCAAUGCUCAUUGUGGAAUUUAAAAAGAUUUUAAAUAAAGUUAUGCUCUAUAAUGUCACCAAUGUGCAAAUGUUAAGGGUUUAAAAGUGUUUCCAAUGCAUGUAAAGUCGCUAUGUGAUGAGACGAAAAAUGUCAACAUCAACCUAUUGUUUAGAAAGAUCAUUCUCGAUAAUGUUUUCUAAUACUCAGAUGUUUGAUAUUUCUUUCCUUUUUUUCUAAAAACUCCUUUGUAAAAAUUAAUUUCUCUAUUUUGUACAGAGCAUCGUUGUAAAGACUGUAAAUACUUUAGCUCAGCAUUCUGAAUGCGGCAACAAUCAUUGAGGAGGAAAAGAAAUAUAUCCUUGAGAGAGAGAUGUGUUUCUUGAAAGUUGGGUGUAAUACAUGGACAAGGCAUGCCUCUGAAGGCUUUCAUCCACCUAUCACUGUUUGUUGGAAUUAAUAAAAUACAUGUUAUAUUUACUCUUUCUGCUCUGUGUGUGUGCCAACAUGACA